AUGAGUUUGUUCUUUGAAGAGAAUCAAUUUAAAAGACGAAAACUUGCACCACCUAGUUUGAGUGUAAGUUCACAAUACCCUGAAGUGAUCAACCUAAGUUCAGACGAAAAUGACGAAGAUAAUGAACAAGAGCAUGAAGACGUGGAAAUGGAGGUGAUGAGCGACAGUAAUAAUGACAAUAUUGUAAGUUAUGGUAUUACUCCUACAUCAAUAAAAGUGCAAAAUGGACAUAAUUCAAAUCGAGAACCGAUCGUUAUUCCCGUGGGCGAUGAAGCCAAUAACAACGGUAAAGGUGGUAACGAGGGUAACGACAAAGACGAUGUUGAUGACGACGACGACGAUAUUAUAAUUAUGGAUAAACGAGACGUCUCAGGAAUCAGAUUCAAAUCCCCAUCAUUUAAUUCACAAAGCUUUCGACCCGAGUCUCAUUUUGAUCCAGAUGUUUCGAACAGCCAAGCUGGCAAAUUUAAUGGCGACUUGACCGAACUACCUGCAGGGAGCUCUUUGGUUUCCAAGUUUGGUGACGAGUUUGGUCAUUAUGCAAGCAACAGUUCCCCUACCUCGCAAAAUUUACCAUCUCUUGACAACUUUACUAUGCCAGGCGCGUUCAACGCCCCUGCCCCCGUUCCACAUGCUGACCAAGACCUCACAUCGAUCCAAAGAGACGAAUUAAAGAAAAGAAGUGAGUCCAAGUUGACCAUGGUUAAAGACCUUAUUGAGUCUAAGGGCAAAAUAAGUAGUCAGAUGCAGCUACAUCAAGCUCAAUAUGAUACUCAAGCGCGAAACAAUCAGAAACUACAACAACAACUUGCACAGGCAAAUGCCAUGGGCCGGCACGAUUUGGUCUCUCAGAUCAGAGGAUUAAUUUCUAAAGUGCAGCGCCAGAUGGAAGGUCCACGCAAUUAUAUCAAUAAUUUACAAAAAUCGCUAUUUGUUGUUGAAGCAAAGUUGCAUAAAUAUCAAACAGAGUUGUCCUUUAUCAACAACAAGAUCAGACAGUUGGGACACACUUUGAACGCUGCAUUUAAUCCGUAUGAGGCGCAGAUUGCUGAUGACUACCACCAUUCUUUCUCGCAACAAGCAUCUUCUUCCAACAUGCAAGGUACACCAGCAGACCUUGAUUUGCAGAGUUUGCUAGAUAAUAUUAAACCAGAGGAUACGUUGGAAGAAGGAUUGGCUCCUACACCACGAGAGAUGACAGUGAAGUUGUUGAAACAUCAAAGGAUUGGUUUGACGUGGUUACAACGUAUGGAAAGCUCCAAGACAAAAGGUGGUGUUUUGGCAGAUGAUAUGGGAUUGGGAAAAACAAUCCAGACACUUGCAUUGAUUGUUAGUCGUAAAUCGGAUAAUCCAAGUUGCAAAACUACCUUGAUAAUUGCACCAGUAUCCCUUUUACGCCAGUGGGCGGCCGAGAUUCAGUCGAAACUACAUCCCCAAAGCAAUCUCAAUGUUGGUAUAUUCCAUGGCGAUGAAAAGAAGGAAAUGUCGACUUUUAGUGCAAUGAAAAAAUAUGAUGUAGUACUAACGUCGUAUGGAACACUUGCAUCGGAGUGGAAAAAACAUUUUGCUGAAGAACUUCAGAAUAAUCAAGAUAAAGGGAAAAAAUUCUAUCCCCGGGCAGAGGGAGGGGGGAUUAGCUACAUAUCACCGUUUUAUGCAUCUUACUCUAAAUUUUAUCGUAUUGUGUUGGAUGAAGCACAAAAUAUCAAGAAUAAGUUUGCACUUGCUUCGAAAGCGGUGAUUUAUUUAAAAGGUGAAUAUCGUCUUUGCUUAUCAGGUACUCCAAUGCAAAAUAGUAUUGAAGAGUUGUACCCCGUGGUCAGGUUCCUAAAGAUCCGACCGUAUUAUAUCGAAGAAAAAUUCCGUGCAGAUCUUAUUAUCCCGCUCAAGUCCAAAAAUGAAAACUAUGACGAUGUGGAUAGGAGUCGAAGUAUGCGAAAAUUGCGUGCCUUGUUAAGUUCAAUAAUGUUGAGAAGAAACAAGAACUCGUUGAUCGAUGGCCAACCUAUUUUGCAAUUACCUGAAAAGCACCUCAUUUCCGAUUUUGUUGAACUUGAAGGAGAAGAAAAAGAUUAUUACUCGUCGCUUGAACUGGGUAUUCAAAAAGUUGCAAGAAAAGUUCUUGAUAAUGGUGACAAGAGUAGUGUUUUGACCAUGUUGUUACGUCUUAGGCAAGCAUGUUGCCACUCGUAUCUUGUGGAAAUAGGACAAAUUAAGAAAGAACGUGAAGGUAGAGAGGCUGAAGAUGGAUUAAUGGGGGCAGGCGGAAUCAAGCUGGAUUGGCGACAACAGCUUAAAUUGAUUGCAGGAAUUUCGGAUCUGGUGAGACGGUCAGUUGUAGAGCGGAUGUCUUUGGAUAACAUCCAGUUUACUUGUCCAGUUUGUUAUGAUGCGGUUGACUCUACUGGGAGAUUAGCCAUUUUUACUGAAUGUGGACAUAUAAUUUGUCAAGCUUGUGUAAAUGAAUUUUUCGAAAACAACAUGACUGAAGAUGAACAGCGAGGGAGUACACGAAUUGCAGAAUGUUUGGAUUGCAAAACUCAUGUAAAGAAUACAAAUGUGGCUGAUUAUGCCAUUUUUAACAAACUUUAUAUCCAGCAAAUGGAUGUAGCGGAGGUUGAGAGGCAUUGUCGGGUGUAUUAUGCCAAAAAGCAAAUUUCAAACAUCAGUAUAAUUAAGGAGUUGACCAAACGCGAUCAAGGUUUUGAAGCUUCUGCUAAGAUUGAAAAAGCUAUUGAAUUGAUAAAUAAUAUUCAGCAAGCCAAUCCAAGUGAAAAGAUCAUUAUCUUCUCACAAUUCACCACUUUGUUUGAUUUGAUGAAACUUGUUUUGGACCAUUUAAAGAUUCUUCAUUUACGAUACGAUGGGUCAAUGACUGUUGAGGCAAAAAAUAACGUUAUCAAACAAUUUUACCAAUCUAAUUGCAACGUGUUGUUGUUAUCUCUACGUGCAGGUAAUGUGGGGCUUACAUUGACAUGUGCAAAUCAUGUGAUAAUAAUGGAUCCUUUUUGGAACCCCUUUGUUGAAGAACAGGCAAUGGACCGGGCACAUCGUAUUGGCCAAGAAAAAGAGGUUCAUGUACACAGAGUGUUGAUUACAAAUACUGUUGAAAGUCGUAUUAUGGAACUUCAAGAGAGGAAGAAAGAAUUGAUAGGAGAUGCUUUGAAUGAAAAUGAGAUGAAGUCUAUUUCGAAAUUGGGCAGAAGAGAACUUGGAUUCUUGUUUGGUUUGAAUACCUUGGAAGAAUAG